CCCGGCCGCGACCGCCCCUCGGCGGGUGGGUUGGAGCCCGAGGCGAAGGGAGCGCCCCGUGCUCGGAGUUCGGUCUGACCCGCUGCCGGGACGCGGAGCUCGCUCCCGGGCUCGGCGUUUCGGUGCCCCCGGUGACGGAGGAGCCGCCGGCUCAAAGAGGUUCUGAAGUGCCGGUCCCUGCUAGAACUGGAGCUGUAGCCCCUCGCAGUUGCACAGUUAAUCGUUCCCUUUCAGGGAAUCUACGUAGUGGUGAAGCUAUUUUGAUGUCAGGAAGACAAUCCCUGAUUACCCACGGACCUCUCAACUAUAGCGGCAAAGAAGCUGCACUCUCUCCUGGAUGCAGGCUCAAGCAGCUUACAUGAGGACAGUCACACACUAAGCAGAUCAGACAGAACAUGGCACAGCUCAGCCUGAGCUACAGAUGGCAAUCAGUUUUCAAAGGAACAGUCUGAGGAAGGGACUCCAAGAGCAAGAAAUGCAUAUGUGGAACUUGACCUCCUGUGGAACCAGCGUCGCCAGCUCGGAGUGCAGUGAGGAGCUGUUCUCAUCGGUUUCCGUGGGUGAUCAGGAUGACUGUUACUCUCUGCUGGAUGACCAGGAGUUCACCUCUUUUGAUUUGUUCCCCGAGGGCAGUGUCUGCAGUGAUGUCUCUUCUUCUAUCAGCACAUACUGGGAUUGGUCAGACAGUGAGUUUGAAUGGCAGUUGCCUGGCAGCGACAUUGCUAGUGGGAGUGAUGUGCUUUCUGAUGUUAUACCUAGUAUUCCAAGCUCUCCCUGUCUGCUUCCGAAAAAGAAAAACAAGCAUAGGAAUCUCGAUGAACUUCCGUGGAGUGCAAUGACAAACGAUGAACAGGUUGAAUAUAUUGAAUAUUUGAGUCGCAAAGUCAGUACAGAGAUGGGCCUUCGAGAGCAACUCGAUAUUAUUAAAAUUAUUGAUCCUACUGCUCAGAUCUCACCUACAGAUAGUGAAUUCAUUAUUGAAUUGAACUGUCUCACAGAUGAAAAACUGAAACAGGUGAGGAACUACAUCAAGGAGCACGGACCCCGGCAGCGGUCGGCGAGGGAGAGCUGGAAGAGGAGCAGCUACAGCUGCGCGAGUACCAGCGGUGUGAGCGGUGCCAGCGCCAGCAGCAGCAGCGCCAGCAUGGUCAGCUCAGCCAGCAGCAGCGGCUCCAGCGUCACCAACUCCGCCUCAAACUCGAGUGCCAACAUGAGUCGAGCGCACAGCGACAGUAACUUGUCCUCAAGUGCUGCGGAGAGAAUCCGGGAUUCAAAAAAACGUUCCAAGCAACGGAAACUCCAGCAAAAGGCCUUACGGAAGAGACAGCUGAAAGAGCAGAGACAAGCUCGUAAGGAAAGACUGAGUGGAUUAUUCCUUAAUGAAGAAGUGCUGUCUUUAAAAGUGACUGAGGAGGACCACGAAGGAGAUGUGGAUGUUUUAAUGUGACAGGGGUGAAUUUAUCAGUGUUCUUUCUAAGCCUUAACUGUAUUAUCCUUAUUGUUUACAUAUAUUUCUUGACCAAAUUUUGAUUAGUGUUAAUAAUAUAAACCAGAUCUUUUCUCAAGUGUAAUUUUGCUAAGAAGGUCUAAGUAUUGAGUAACUUCAGCUUUUUGAGACUAAUUUUGCAAUAAAGAAUUCAGAAACAUACAUGUCUUCUGAAAAGCUGCUGAGUAAAUACAAUUUUAAGGAAAUUUGAACUUGGCUAAUAUGCUAACUUUACUUGCAAGAUGUAAAUCUAGGGGUGCUCUUGGAUGACACAAAGCAUGCAUUGCUAUGCUUCAGCUUCUUUGUUUUUUUACAACUUGUACUUAGUAUUCCACUUGACUUGUUCUAUCUUCCUUUCCCAUUAUUAGGGAGAUUGUUUAGCAUGAGUUAAAAAAAAUCUUUGUAUUCUAUGGGGCUUUCUUCAGUCUUGCUCUUGAAUUGUAGGAAAUCAAAGUAACGUCAUAAAUUCUUUUCUGAAAGUUGCGAUUUAACUCAAACUACACAGAAAACAAGAAGCAGGACUUCUAAUGCAGGGAAUCUGUAACAAAUACUGCCCAAUAAUGUAGUUCUUAGGAAGUAACUAGAAUUAAAAAAA